AUGAGACAAAACACACUCUUGUGGGUUUUUCUUUUACCAUUUCUCUCAAUAAACUAUAGUGCCAGCGUCUUUCCAGCCAAUGGCUAUUUGCUUGGCAACGAGUGUUCCAUGUUGCUCCUUUUGAAAAAUAACCUAAUAUUCAACCCUACAAUUUCCAAAAAACUCACUCUUUGGAAUCAAAAUGAAGAUUGUUGUCAAUGGCAUGGAGUGACAUGCAAAGAAGGUCGUGUUGUAGCCCUUGAUCUCAGUGAAGAGUCUAUCUCAGGAGGAAUUCGUAAUUCAACCGUUCUUUUUCGCCUUCAAUAUAUUCGAAGCUUGAAUUUGGCUUUCAACAACUUCAGUUCGGUGAUUCCCUCUGAACUCUGCAAAUUGAAUAAUUUGAGGUAUUUGAACUUUUCAAAUGCUGGAUUUGAGGGACAGAUUCCUCAUGAGAUGUUUCAUCUCAGAAGGUUAGUUACUCUUGACUUGUCUUCUUCAAUCUCCUCACCUCAUAGCCUGAAACUCGACAAGCCAAAUAUAGCAAUGCUUUUGCAAAACCUUACAGAAAUCACAGAAUUAUAUCUAGAUGGUAUAGCAAUAUUUGUAAAAGGACAAGAAUGGUUUCAUGCUUUAUCUUCAUUGCACAACUUACGUGUUCUAAGCAUGUCAUCAUGCAAUAUGUCUGGACCUAUUCAUGCUUCGCUGGCUAAGCUUGUAUCACUCACUGUUCUAAAAUUAAGCUACAGCAACAUGUUUAGCUUCGUGCCAGAUUCAUUAACAAAUUUGUCCAAUCUAGUCAUUCUACAACUCAGAAGUUGUGGCUUGAAUGGUUCUUUUCCGAAAGAUAUCUUCCUCAUGCCAUCAUUAGAGGUGCUUGACAUCUCAGACAAUCAACAUCUUAUGGGUUCUUUGCCAAACUUCCAACCACGUGGUUCUCUUCGUGACUUGAAUAUUAGCCAGACUAGUUUCACAGGAAAUGUUCCGGAUGCAAUUUCUAAGUUGAAACUUUUAUCUACAAUUGAUCUAUCUUAUUGCCAAUUUAAUGGAACACUUCCUAGUUCAAUGUCAGAACUCUCCCAACUAGUUUAUCUGGACUUGUCUUCCAAUAACUUUUCAGGUCCACUCCCUUCUUUUAAUAUGUCUAAGAAUCUCACACAUUUAUCCCUCCAUCAUAAUAAUUUAACAGGGGUUUUACCAUCUAGUCAUUUUGAGGGCCUUAAAAAUCUCGCCGACAUUUAUCUGGGGUUUAACUUUUUCAAAGGGAAUCUUCCCUCAUCUCUGCUUAAACUUCCAUAUUUGCGAGAACUUAAACUUCCCUUUAAUCAACUCACUGGUCCCUUGGAUGAAUCUGUGAUGACCUCACCUACACUGGAGAUGCUUGAUUUGGGUGGUAAUAAUUUGGAGGGACCUAUUCCUUUGUCUAUAUUUAACCUUAGAACACUUGGUGUCAUUCAACUUAAUUCAAACAAGUUUAAUGGCACAUUACAAUUGGACUUGAUUCGCAGGUUGAGUAAUCUAACUACAUUAGGCCUCUCGCAUAACAAUUUGUCAGUUGAUAUAUACUCUACAUAUGAUCGUGAUCUGUUAGCCUUUCCUGCUCUAAGAAAAAUAAUGUUGGCAUCUUGCAAGUUGAGAGGAAUCCCUGCUUUUGUGAAAAGUCAAUCAACAUUACUACACCUUGACCUUGCUGACAACGAGAUUCAAGGAACAAUACCUUAUUGGAUUUGGCAACUUAAAUAUCUUGUUAUCUUGAACCUGUCCAAAAAUUUCCUAACAAAAUUGGAAGGAAAUGUCUGGAACUUUAGUUCAAACCUUUUGCGUCUUGAUCUUAGUUCCAACCAACUACAAGGGCCAUUUCCUUUCCUUCCAACAUUUGUAAAUAUUUUGGACUACUCAAACAAUAGAUUUAACUCUGUCAUUCCAGCGGACAUUGGAAAUCGUCUCCCGUUCGUAACACAGUUGUCUCUUUCAAACAACAGUUUUCAGGGACAAAUCCCUGAAUCCUUUCUCAAUGCUUCAAGUCUUCUUCUACUGGAUCUUUCUCGCAAUAACUUUGUUGGAACGAUUCCCAAGUUUUUUGCUGAGUUGAGUAGCACUCUUCGGGUGUUGAACUUUGGUGGAAACAAACUUCAAGGAUAUAUUCCUGAUACUUUGCCAACUUCAUGUACUCUACACUUAUUGGACCUAAAUGACAAUCUCUUGGAAGGUACCAUCCCAACAUCUUUAGCUUAUUGCCAGAAACUACAAGUCCUUGACCUUGGAAGAAAUUUAUUAACCGACAAAUUUCCUUGUUUCUUAAGUAAGAUUUCCACCUUACGAAUCAUGGAUUUACGGUUAAACAAACUUCACGGGUCAGUUGGAUGCCCAAAAAACAGUGGUGAUUGGGAAAUGCUCCAUAUUGUUGAUGUAGCCUCAAAUAACUUCAGUGGUGCAAUACCAAAAGCCGUAUUGAAUAGUUGGAAAGCAAUGAGGCGAGACAACGAUAAUGUGGGACCAGAAUUUGGCCACUUAUUCAUUGAUAUCAUUGAUAACUAUGAUCCCAAGAAUUUUAAGGAUUUAUGGGGACAAUUAGACAAAACUAUUAAGGCAAAGUUUUCUAAAAUUGUUGACCAGUCGUCCUCAGAUUUUUUGCAAGUGGAUAUUUCUCAGUAUCAAAAUUCAAUUCUUAUUACAAAUAAAGGUCGACAAAUAAAAUUGGACAAAAUCCAGAGAGCCUUCACUUACGUGGAUAUGUCAAGCAAAUAUUUUGAGGGUCCAAUACCAAUUGAGCUAAUGCAGUUCAAGGCAAUGAUGGCUCUUGACUUGUCAAAUAAUGCCCUCUCAGGUCAUAUCCCAUCAUCUAUUGAAAAUUUGAAGAAUCUUGAAUCCUUAGACAUGUCAAACAAUUCUUUAAGUGGAGAAAUCCCUAGAGAGCUUGCUAGUCUAAAUUUUCUUGCAUAUCUGAAUCUCUCGAACAAUGACCUGGUGGGUGAAAUUCCAAAGGGAACCCAAAUUCAGACAUUUGAUGGAGAUUCCUUUGAAGGAAAUGAAAAGUUAUGUGGGCCUCCACUGACCCGUAAUUGCAGCAAUAUUGGAAUGCCAACUCCUGAAACACCUCAAUCUCAUUCUAAGAGCUCAAUUGAUUGGAGUUUAUUAAGCGCAGAGUUGGGAUUUAUUUUUGGCUUUGGAGUUUUCAUUCUCCCUCUUCUUUUCUGGAAGAGAUGGAGCUUUUGGUAUUCCAAACAUGUGGAUGAGAUGCUUCACAAGAUCAUUCCCCAGCUUGAUUUUUCUUAUGAACACCGACGAGGUCAGACACGUAGAACUCUAAGGAGGAGGUACUGAAAUCUAAGAGUCGAAAAGUCGAUGUUCGUACUCAACCAAUGAUGAAGUAGUAAGUAAUAUAAAGAUGAUUUUAGUGGUUGUUUCACAAUUCCUUGGUUUAACUUUAUUUCAUGCUGUAAAUGGAUAUGAUAAUCUUUAUUUCUUGCAUAUAUAUUUUCCCCAUUUUUCUCAAAUGUAGAUAUAAAUUGAUAGGUAUAGAUGACCCUGAAAUAACUCUUAGGCCUUUGGCUAACCAAUUAAGGCCUAUAAUAAUCCGUUCUUGGAUGGAGAAAAAGAAGGCACUGCUUACAAACAAUGCAGAAAAAAUGAAACAUUUGCUUGAUAAUUUGCAGAAGAAACUUGACGAGGUUUGACUGCUAAAAUUGCAUCGUUUUUUUUACUGCAUUCACUAUUGUUUUGUCUUUAUGUAGCUUCCUUUCCUUCUUUCAU